GCUUGUCCUGUUAGAUGGAAGAAUCGGAAUAUGACGUAGAAAAAAUGCAUAUUGAUUUUACUAAACGAACAAAUGCUCAUCCAGGAGAAAAAAUAUUUGAAGCUUUGGACAAUUGCAUAAAUGAAACAAAAGAUCUUACAGAAAAAUGCGAAAAAAGCUUCGCUCUUACUGAAUGUUUCAUAAAAGCUGAAGAAAAAAUCUAUCCUAAUACUCCUGAAAUGACUGAAACUCAUGAAGAACACGAACAUUAGAGAGGUGUGCGAAUAGUUCAAAUUCGAAUUGAAUCGAAUUGAAUCACAGUGGAUUUGAUUCGAAUUCGUUUUCAAAUCAGAAAGGUUCGAAAUCGAAUAGUUCGAGAAUUUCAAAUCAAUAAUCAAUAA